AUGAAUCACCCCAACGACAAAGCUGAGGAGAGCCGUGUCGAGCAUGCCGACAUGGGCACUCGUGAAGCUGACAGCGACCCUGCUGCGCCAACUCUGAAGAUCACCCGAGAUGGGUACUGGGAAAACAAGAAGGGUAUCCUCAUGUGCCUCAUCGGAAUGGUCAAUGGCUUCCAGGCCAUGCCAGGUUUCUUGCAUGACUUCGGCUAUCAAGACCCUCACCUGCCAGGAGGUUAUGGUAUCUCUACUACUGUACAACAACUCAUAUCUUCGCUCGUCUCUGCGGGAAUGUUUGUGUCAACCUUCCUAGCCGGCUGGAUCUGCAACAAGACCGGACGUCGAGGCGGUAUCUGGUCCGGCAUUGCUCUUAUGAUCUUGAGUGUCACGAUCCAGAUUGCCGUCAUCAACAAGGGAGCUCUGUACGCUGGUCGUCUCAUCCUAGGGUUCUCUAAUGGUUUACUCAUGGUCUGUGCUCAACUCUACAUGCAAGAAACUGUCCCAGCAAAUCUGAGAUCCUUGAGCUACACAUUCUACCAGUUCUGGAUCAGUUUCGGCGCUCUGCUCGGAGUCAUCGUCAACAAUGAAACCGCCAAGCGCCUCGACCGGUCAUCAUACCGCAUCCCACUGGGUGUCCUUUACAUCGUGCCUAUUCUGCUUGGCAUAGCACUCAUCUUCAUGCCCGACACUCCCCGCUACUACGCCUCCAAGGGCAAGCUCACGCAGGCCGAGCGCGCCCUCCGCUUCCACCGCGACUCCUGCUUCACCGACCUCCAAAUCAAAGAGGAAUUGGCCGAGAUCAACCACACCAUCGAGGCCGACAAGGCCAUGACCAGCACCGUCGGCUACAUGGAGAUGUUCUACAAGCCCAACAUCAAACGCACCCUGACAUCUCUGGGCGUGGCGCUGUUCUCUGCCGCCAACGGUGUGCCCUUCAUCACUCAGUACGGCAUCUACUUCUUCAUGCUCUCGGGCGACCACAACCCGUUUCAGACCGGCGUCAUCCUGCAGUGCGUUGGCUUGAUUGGCGCCAUGUUGACUCCGUUCUUCACGGGCCGCGUCGGCAAGCGCAUCAUUCUCAUGGUCGGCGGCUUCCUGCAGGCCUUGUGCAUGAUGGGCGUCGGCAUCUCGUACUCGGUCCGCGGCAUCGAUGCCGUCAGCGGCAAAGUCAUCAUCGCCAUGGCCAGCAUUUUCCUCUUCGUGGCGUCCGCGUCGACCUCGCCUUACUCCUGGCAGGUGGCGGGCGAGAUCCCCAGCCAGCGUCUUCGAGGCCAUACACUUGGUUUCGCAUCUUCCGUUACCUAUCUUUGCGGCUGGUCCAUCACCUUUACCAUCCCGUACUUCAUCAACCCGACUGAGCUCAAUUGGGGCGCUCAAUACGGCUAUAUCUGGUUUGUCGGCAAUCUCCUGAUUUGCGUCUAUACCUUCUUCGUCAUUCCCGAGACGAACAAGCGGACGCUCGAGGAGAUCGACGAGUGCUAUAACGACAAGGUGCCGAUCCGCAAGUUUCCGCAGCAUGAGUGUGUGUCGACUAUGAACUCACGUAGGGAGGUUGUGAGGAAUAAGGAGGUGGAGUAG